AUGUGUUGGUGCGUUUAUCUGCAGCACGAUGAGCACAAUCAGACCAUCCCACACCAGUCUUCUCCCACUCUGUUUAACGUCCUGUACGCAGACAGAUACAGCUGCCGGAAGUCAGACCCUCUGCCCUCUCAUCCUGAAGUCCACUACACCAUCCUCAUGUUGAACCCGGACUCUGCAGGAAACCCACUGGACCACUUCAGCUCAGAGGAAGCAGGUCUCCACAGCUUCUACUUCCUGCUGCUGCUGGCGUACUUUGUGGCAUGUUGUAUCUACGUGCAGCCGCUGCUCCAGGCACUGAGGAAGGGGGGCCCUAUGCUCACGGUGCUCAGGGUCCUCACGCUGGCCCUGGGACUACAGGGACUGUCAGCUGUCUGCAACUACGUCCACAUGUGCAGAUAUUCCAGAGAUGGUGUUGGAUUUCCUCUGAUGGGCAGCCUGGCAGAGUUGUGGGACAUGGUGGCUCAGGUCUCCAUGCUCUAUAUGCUGCUCAGUCUGUGUGUGGGCUGGACUCUGUCCCGGCGGAAGCCCCAGUCCAGGCCUCUGCACUGGGAGCAGACCCCCAUCUCCACCGCCGUCGCUGUGGGGGCCGUCAUAGCUCAGGGCCUGUUGCUCUUGUGGGAACAGAUUUCAGAGGCGGACAUUGACCACCACAGUUUCCACGCUUACCGGAGUCUCCCUGGGGUCCUGCUGCUGCUGCUCCGAGUGCUUCUGUCUGUGAUCUUGGCCUCAGUCUUGUACCAGAUCACCUCCACCGAACGCAGCACCCUCAAACGGGACUUUUACCUCAGCUUCGCCAAGGGCUGCUUCCUGUGGUUUCUGUCUCAUCCAGUACUAGUUUUAACCUCGUCCAUUUUCAACGAACAUCAAAGAGAAAAGGUGGUCACAAUCGGAGUCAUUCUUUGCCAGUCCAUAUCCGUUGUUGUCCUCUAUCAGCUUUUCCUCUCGAGGUCUCUAUACUGGGAAGUGUCCUCUCUGUCGUCGGUGUCUCUCCCGUUGACCAUGAGCCAGAGCAACCACCGAGGGCGCUACUGA